GGAAAUUGACGAUCACUGUAAAGUGUAUCGUUGCUUGCUCUCUUUUGUAGAGUCAGAAAGCACUAAGCUACAACUGCCUGCAUUGAGAUCAGUGAAAUAAUCUGACGUAAUAAACAUCCAUAUCAGUCCACUGCAGUCAUGGAGGGCUCCUGGGAUGUCACUGCCUCGGAGGAAAUGUCGGGAACUCGUCUUUCCUUCCAUUGCUGGCCUUCGUCGAGGUUGGAAGCGACGCGCAGUGUCGCUCCUUUCGGGGCGCUCUAUACGCCUCUCAAGAAGCUACCACCCCAGUGUGCUCCACAGACGACUCUACCAUACGAUCCGAUUCGCUGUUCCUGUCACGCUGUGUUGAAUCCUUACUGCCAGGUCGAUUUUCGUUCCAAACUAUGGGUUUGUCCAUUUUGCUUGCAACGUAAUCAUUUCCCUCCGCAUUAUGCCGAUAACAUCUCCGAAACAAAUCUUCCCGCGGAACUCAUUCCACAGUACGCGACCUGCGAGUACGAACUACAGACGGUCCCGGAUCAAGGACCCCCUUGUUUUCUUUUCGUCAUCGAUACUUGCGCACAGAAGGAGGAAAUCUCGGAGCUCAGUGAUUCGCUUCAACAGGCGUUGAACUUGUUACCAACAGAUGCUUUGGUCGGUCUUAUUACCUUCGGAACAAACGUCUCAGUCUAUGACUUGAGCAGCGACUCCAUCGCCAAAUCUUACAUUUUCCGAGGCAAUCGAGAGUACUCUCCUGGUCGUGUGGGGGAAUUGCUCGGCUGCAACCGCCACCCCGGUCAACAGUCGCAGCCGAACGGACAGACUUCCAUGGGAGGGCCUGGGCAAGAAGUUUUGGAGCGUUUUCUCUUACCUGUCUCUGAGUGCUCUUUUGUCGUUGAGUCAAUCCUGGACGAUCUCCGUUGCGACCCUUGGCCGGUCCCUAACGAUAAGCGUCCCGCCCGAGCGACUGGCUGUGCCCUUUCCGUAGCCACUUCGCUUUUGCACCUCGCUAUUCCUCGGCGCGGUGCGCGAAUCAUGCUAUUUACGUCUGGUCCGUGCACCUCCGGACCGGGAGCGAUCGUGUCACGUAUGAAAGGCGAAGACAUGCGAUCGCACGCGGAUCUGGCCAAGAACGUGGAGCCUUUACACAAGCCGGCCUGCGAGUUCUAUAAUAAGGCUCCAAUCCCAACGAAUGCACCACAUCAUGCCGUAGACGUAUUUGCGUGCAGUUUGGAUCAAGUCGGCUUGCUUGAAAUGUCGGAACUUGUCGAAGCGACGGGGGGUCUGACUGUCUUGGGAGAUUCGUUUGGACAGUCGGUAUUCAAAGAAUCGCUUCGGCGUGUAUUCAACCGUUUUCCGGAAGAAGUUCCACAGGACGGAGGGCAGUUGCAGAUGGCUUUUAACGCCUCGCUCGAAGUUUUGACAAGCAGUGAGUUCAAGGUUUCUGGUGCAAUAGGUCCCGUCACUAGUUUACAUAAGGCAGCUCCGAACGUAUCCGAAAUCGAAGUCGGAAAGGGAGGAACGAAUGCGUGGGGUCUCGGUGGCGUAGAUCCAAACACCACGGUCGCAAUCUAUUUUGACGUUUCAAAUCCCGGAACUACACCCUUACCGGAAGGGAAGCGUCGUUUCAUCCAGUUUUUGACGAAAUAUCAACACGCAAAUGGGCGAACUCGACUUCGUGCAACUACGCUCUGUGGCAGUUUCGAUCAAGAAGCAGCUGCUGUGCUGACGGCACGCAUGGCAGUUCAUCAAACUGAAUCAGACGAGGUCGCCGAUGUUUUGCGUUGGGUGGAUCGUAGCUUGAUCCGGCUUUGUGCCAAGUUUGCUGAGUACGAACCAGAUGACCUCAACUCAUUCCGACUCUCUCCAGAGUUCAGUCUCUAUCCGCAGUUCAUGUUUCAUUUGCGUCGUUCUCAAUUCUUGCAGCUGUUCAAUUCGAGCCCCGAUGAGGCAGCAUACUAUCGUUACAUCCUAUCGCGGGAGAACACAACGAACUCUCUGGUAAUGUUACAACCUACUUUACUUUCGUACUCAUUCAACGGCCCACCGGAGGCGGCCCUCCUCGAUUCAGAGAGUGUGCGCGCCGACACGAUUCUUUUGCUGGACACGUUCUUUCAUGUCGUUGUGUUUCACGGUGAAACUAUUGCCGCCUGGCGUGAACAAGGCUAUCACGAACAAGACGAACACGCUGCUUUUCGGGCUUUGCUCGAAGCCCCACAGUCUGAUGCUCAAUUGAUAAUGGAUGCCCGCUUCCCUGUCCCUCGGUACAUUGUUUGUGAUCAGCACAAGAGUGAAGCACGAUUCCUGAUGGCCAAGUUGAAUCCUUCCGUAACACACAAUUCAAACUUGGAUGGGAGCGGUUCAGCGCAGGUCAACACCGACGACGUUUCUUUGCGUGUGUUUAUGGAACAUUUGAUGAAACUGGCCGUCCAGACGUAAUACAGCCUUAAGUAGCCAGGUGGCCUCUAGAGCAUUAUCUCAAAGUGAUGGGCUAGAAAUUGUGGCAAUGUCUUACAGUUAAUUCACAACUAGUCUUCGGUUCAGCAACC